AUGUAUGGUGUAGAAAGAAAGAAGUGGUACCACCUCAAGUGGUACGCAGACACCGAUACCCCGGAGGAGCGUAAGUUCCUCAUCAAGAUCGAUGCCCUCAUCGUCCCAUACGCCAUCAUUGCCUACUGGGUCAAAUACAUCGACCAAUCGAACCUUAACAAUGCCUACGUCGCUGGUUUGAAGGAAGAUCUUGGGUUCAAGGGCAAUGAGCUCGUUCAGCUCCAGACGUUCUAUAUCCUGGGCGCUGUUCUUGGACAGAUCCCCUUCUUCUUCCUUCUGACAUAUGUCCCGAUUCAUUAUCUUCUUCCAUUUCUUGAUGUUGCUUGGGGCAUUUUUACCCUGCUUCAGUUCAGGGUGACAGGCUUUGCCGAACUGGCCGCCUACCGCUUUCUGGUUGGCUGGUUCGAAGCAGCGUUCUUCCCUAUUAUGCACUAUCUUUUCGGAUCCUGGUACAAGGGAACUGAAAUUGCUCGCCGAGGCGGUCUCUUCUACUGUGGCCUGUCCCUGGGUACCUUGACUGCUGGACUGAUCCAAGCCGGAGCAUCUGCCCGUCUUGAUGGCGUUCAUGGUCUGGCAGGAUGGCGAUGGAUGUAUAUUAUCUGUGCCAUCAUCACCAUCCCGGUUGGUAUCCUUGGCUAUUUUGUCAUUCCCGGCACGCCAGACCAACCGAACCGAAAAGUCUUGAACCAAAAUGACAUCGACAUCGGAGAAAGGAGGUUGAAGCGCAGUGGGCACGAGUCCCACGGCAAAUUCCAAUGGAGAAAUUUGAAGGACAUUGUUUUCAAGUACCAAUUCUGGGCCAUCAUCCUCGUGGACGUAUUCUUCUGGAACUCUGGCCUCCAUACUUCUUCGGGUGCUUUCUUGCUGUGGAUCAAGAGCUUGAACCGUUUCCCUGUUGCAAAGGUGAACGAGCUGGGUGUGAUUGCGCCUAGUCUCGGUAUUUUCUACACCCUGUUUACCUGCUUCGCCUCUGAUCUGUAUCUGGGUCCUGCCUGGGCCAUCACCAUGUCGCACGGCUGGAACGCCCUCGGCUUGAUAAUACUGGUCAUAUGGAAGGUCCCCGAGCCGGCUCUCUGGUUCGCUUGGUCGACCAUCUAUGCCUCCGUCGCCAUGUCCAGUGUGUUCCAUGGAUGGGUCAACAGUCAACUUCGAUCUUCGCCCGGCCAGCGUUCGUUUACGCUGGUUUUGAUUAAUGCAAUCUCGCAAUCCUCCACGGCAUGGACGCCGCUGCUGGUAUUCCCAACUGUCGAGUCACCUCGGUUUCCGAAGGGAUAUGCAUUUGUGCUGGCCAUGACACUUGCAACCAUCAUCGCCGCCCAUGGCUUGAAUCUCUACUUGAAGCGUGUCGACCCGAAAGCGUCUGCUGUCGUAACUGACACCACAGUUGAGAGUGGACCUGAGGGCUCCGUGGAAAAUCCGAAGGGGGUCACGACGACCGAGACUCAAGUUAAGCCGGGCAGUGCGAGCAAUUAA